GUGCGGUGGAUUGCUUUCCGAAUCCUGAGCCUCUCUGAUCGCUGGCCGUCAAGCACCGGCUGACCGGGCCUGCGCGAUCUCGACCCUGCGCGGCUUUUCCCAGCGCCCCGACGACCCAAAAAUCCGGACGCGUCCAGGCGCUAGGCUCCAGCCACGGGCAUUGUUCUCGUCUCCCGCCUAUAAGACUCCGGAGCCGGAGGCGCCGAGCCGCGCCAGGCACAGCGGCACAUGCGACCCUCCCCUCUUGUGCGGCGGCCGGGACCAAAGCCAUCAGCCCAAGCGUUGGCGUCGCCUCCAACGCGCGGCGUUUCCAAGCGCGGCCGCGGCGCCGAAGGCAUCGCCCCCGUUUGGCGUCUUCCGCGCCCGCGAUCCUCUUAAGCUUCGCACGCCCGCGCGCCCCGCGCCCGCCCACUUGACUUGAGCGACCGAGCGAGCUGUUCUCCCGUGACCUCACCUCCUCCGCCAGGGCCCGAGGCUGCGGCACCGGCGAGGUAAAUGGGCGCUGCCGCAGCGGAGGUGGUGGCGCCGAAGCCGCCGUCGUCGGCGGGCAAGCGGCGGUCGACCACGCUGAGGUUCCUGUUCGAGCUCGAGAAGCCGGACGGGCUGCUGCCCGGCACGGCCAAGCUGCCGCCGCCGUCGCCGGAGCCCGAGGCCGACAGCCUAAUCGACAAGAUCGCCUCGUGCCACCGCGUGUUCACGUUCUCCGCCGGCGCGGGCGAGCGCGAGGACGAACGGGACGCGAAGCGGGAGCGCCUCGUGGAGGUGCUCGGCGAAGUCCGGUCGGCGGGGGGCAAGCAGCGGGCGCUGGACCACCGCGUAAUGGUGGCGCUGCUGAAGAUGGUGUCCGCCAACCUGUUCCGGGCAAUGCCGCCGUCGGCGUACCCACCGCUGCCGCCCGACGGCGUGGACGAGGACGCGCCGGCGAUGGUGCUGGCCCCGUCGUGGCCGCACCUCCAGGUGGUGUACGACAUCCUCCUCUCCGCGGUGACCGCCGCGGACGCCAAGGCGCUGCGCAACCACGUGGACCGCGCCUUCCUCUCGGGCCUCCUCGCGCUGUUCGGCUCCGAGGACCCCCGCGAGCGCGACCGGCUCAAGACCGUGUACCACCAGCUCUACUCCAAGCUCACCGGCGAGCGCGCCUUCAUGCGGCGCUCCAUGGCCGCCGCGCUCCUGCGGCUGGUCUACGAGGCGCCCGCCGCCGAGCGCCACUGCGGCGUCGCCGAGCUGCUGGAGAUCUGCGGCAGCAUCAUCAACGGCUUCGCCGUUCCGCUAAAGGAGGAGCACCGGGCGUUCCUGGCGCGCGUGCUGCUGCCGCUGCACCGGACGCGGUGGGCGCACACGUACCACCGCCAGCUCGCCUACUGCGUGCUCCAGUUCGUGCACAAGGAGCCGGGGCUCGCGGGCGUGGUCGUCACGGGCAUCCUGCGCCACUGGCCCGUGACCAACUGCCAGAAGGAGGUGCUGCUCAUCGAGGAGCUCGAGGAGAUCCUCGAGGUGAUCGACCCCAAGCAGUUCCAGAAGCUGGCCGUGCCCGUCUGCUCGCGGAUCGCCCGCUGUGUCAGUAGCUGCAGCUCUCAGGUGGCGGAGCGGGCGCUGUACGUGUGGAACAACGAGCGGUUCCUGGAGCUGGCGACGUCGUCGCCGGGCGUGAUGGAGGGGAUCCUGCCGGCGUUCGUGGCGAGCGUGGAGGGCAACCUGGAGCGGCACUGGAGCAAGUGCGUGCAGCAGGUGACGGCCAGCGUCAAGGCCCUGCUGGAGCAGGUGGCGCCCGACCUGUACGCCCGGUGCGCCGCCGACCUCGCCGCGCGGCGGUCCGAGGCCGAGGUCGCCGCCGCCGUGCGCGACGCCCGGUGGCGGAAGCUCGAGAUGGCCGCCGCCGCCGCGAAAUAGCCCACGCUGCCCACGGCGACGAAGGAGUGUACAUGCGUGCGUGAUGGCAAUGGCAGAGUGCCACGAUAGAUGGCGGCGCCGCGUGCCAUUUUGGCUGGCAACGGCGCCGCGGCUGUAAGACCGAGACCGUGUUGUGUGUGCAAGCGAAGUUUGUGCUCCUGUGAGAUGAGACACUGGCUGGUGCACCGCCCUGCAACCUGUAUCCCUUUGCCUUCGCAAAACCGCGGCCACGGCGGCGGCUACCCGGUAGCGGCGGGCGGCAUGUGACGACGCCCGGCGAGCCGGACGGCGGAGGCGCGCGUGAACCCGUAAAAGGCUGUCAGGUUUUCGGAAGCGACAGUGAGCGGCCCGUGUCGCGCGGCGUGGCGGGGGCGGCACAGUUUUGACCACCGGUUUUUUUGGCGGUUCGGCCGUCGGGCGCGGGCCGCGGCUGGAUGUUUCUCGGCUCGCCGCCCCUCCACGGCGAUGCGAAUCCAGCGGCCCGACAAGGUGCCAGCUGAGUCGCUUGUCCUCUGCUGCCUCUGAAAUGUUCAGGGCAGAUAGGUGAUGGGGAUUUUACCAAGGCGACGUUGACUGCCACUGACUCACUGCCCUGCAUUGCAUAUUUGCAUGUGACCUGAAGUGGCCCAGCCGCGCAGUCGUUACAGGGGUCCGUUAUAGGGCGCACCAAUAUGUAAGAGCUUUUUUGUUAAC